CGAUUGCCGGCCGGGAAGCACAAUUCCCCCGCCAUCACUACUCGCGCUUUUCGAGCACGUACCACUCGAAUUUAAUCGUAACGGUGCGCACGUGUCACGUCAACAUCUUUUGAUUAAAACUACAAUAUGUGAUCGAUAAUAAUGCGUGUUAUACUGGAUACCAUCCUAUUGUGACUUGACUUUGGUUAACUUGAUUAAUUAAUAUUCUAACAGCGUGUUUUAACAAAGUUUAUUUUAAGUUUGUGAUUUAUCAGUGAGUUGGCAUUCCUCUGAGAGAAGAUGAUAAAGUACAAAGGACUGCUGAAGAAUAAAAGUGAAUGCACGUGUUGAAAAAAGAUAUAGAAAUGUCAAACAUUUUGAAUAAUGCAUUAAAAUAUAGUGAACAAAGUUAACUAGUAAAUUGUGAAAUUGUUAAAGUUUCAAGUCACUUGUAAACAAGUUAAUAUAAUCCUUGACAUGUUCAACUAUUUACCAAUUUGGGAAAUCCUUGGCUUAAAUAAUUAGUAUUAAUUUUCCUUCAUUGCAGUUUAGUUUCAACUUAAAGCCAAUAUGAAAUAUACGAGUAUAUUGGAAGACUAUUAAAGUGCAGUAAAUUUAUUUUAAAGUGAACUCGCGUAACUCAAACGCAUAAACAUAACUUAAAAAAAAACACGUUUAUUACUCAUUACAGUGAUGUGUGCGCAAAAUCAACACUAAAAUACCUAUCGCGUCUAGCAAGUCUACUCUAUGACUAUUCUCCUGUCAAUUGUGAACAAUAAUAACUCAAUAAGCAACAAUUCCUGAUUCCAUGUGAAACAAUACAAACCUCUAUUAUUGAAACUAAAUUGAAUAGUGAAUUUAAAUAUUGAACACAUACUCCACACCCAUAUCUCAUAGCAAUGGAUCAUACCGAGAAUUUGAUGACCGCAGCGAAUGUCAACGCAAAUAACGUUCAAGGUGAUGAGGGGUCUUAUCGACAGGAAGAGCUCGUCUUGCAGCAACAAUGGGUUACGUUGACGGCGAGUAUGUGGCCUAAACCGACGGCCGCAUCGGCACCACGUGGCGGCUGGCGUGUUCCGAGCGAUAGGUUGCCCCUGCUGGCGGCCGUCUUCUGCGGCGCCGCUUUUAUCGUCUGCCUGAUCUUUGCUUUUGUUAUAUAUCGUUGUUGCAUUAUGCCACGCAAGGAGAAACAUUUUUGUAGCCGGGUGAAGGACACUAGUCAGAGUACAGCACUACCCGAUCCUCGUGCGUACCCUAGCCAAUCAGCAGUUUUUGCUGAGCCUAAACCGGGUCUCCACUGGGGCUACUCAAACAGAAUUGUUACACCAUCAGCAUCUGCCAAUUCACAAUGGUAUCCCAGCUCUACAAAUCUUCAGUGCACACAUUGCCCUGGCAUAUGUCCACCGGCAACACCAGUGCCAAGGAGUAGCAGCGUGCCAGGCGCAGGUAGAGAAUCUGAAUAUGCGAGUACCAGCAACGGUAGUGGAUAUGGCACUAGAAAGCAAAGACCCUUAAGUCAACCGAUUGCGUAUGUGGUGA